AUGAAUGAUUCUGGCGAGGUUUACGCCUCCAAUGAGCAUCCUUCAUCUACCACCCAAGGCACCGUUUUACGGCAGUCCAAAAUAAAGGCCAAGAAGACCAGGAAGCUGAGGGGUCACGUUAGUCACGGCAUGGGUCGUGUUGGUAAGCACAGGAAGCAUCCUGGUGGUCGAGGUAAUGCCGGUGGCGAACACCACCAUCGCAUUAACUUCAACAAAUACCACCCGGGUUACUUUGGGAAAAUUGGAAUGCCUCACUACCAUUUGAAGCGUAAUCCAUAUUAUUGUCCAACUAUAAAUUUGGACAAACUGUGGUCCCUUGUUUCUGAUGCGACCUACGAAAAGUAUAAGAACUCCAAAGAUGGGAAAGCUCCUGUUAUUGAUUGCGUUCGAAAGGGGUACUUUAAAGUUCUGGGUAAGGGUAUCCUUCCAAAAGUUCCCGUCAUCGUGAAGGCGCGGUUCUUCUCGAGACGUGCAGAGGAGAGGAUUAAGGCUGUUGGCGGCGCCUGCAUCCUUACUGCGAAUGUAGGAAAGUACUCCGAAGUGAAGAAACCACAGAGGCCUAGCCGAGAUGCUGAGGUGAGGCGCUCUAAAUCGACUAAUGUUUCGCCCACUGGAACUCACAAAAAGAAUGCCGGUGUUGGCUACGCGUUUAUGCGAGAUAAUGAGACCAAUACUAUACAACCGAUAUUUCCCAGCAAUACACCAGUAGGUGUCAAAAAGUGCGGUUUGAAUCCGUCCAUUGCUACUCCGUGCUCGUCAUCUGGGCAGGCUUAUGGAGACGAAGAUAAGGCUCCUGAUGAUGUUGUUGCACGCAAGAAACAGGUUCAUGCAGUGGACGAAAGCGGCUCUGGGACAAGGCUGAGGGCAUGCGCAAGAGCUGUCAAUAUUGUCGCUCUUGAUGAUGAGACCGAGGAGAUAAACAAUAUGCUCAACGAUCCCGAUGAUCGGAGAAUAAGAACAAUUUGCGAACGAUUCCAAUGCGACCUAGAUAUCUACGCUAAAAAUCUCAUAGGCGGAUUCAUGCAAUACACAGUGGACAUUGCGGCCCCGAAUGCCUCAAGCCUUCUUGGAUGUGUGAAGAACCUCGACUCAGCCCUAGGUUGGCACAUAGCUCCACAGCUGAAUAGCGGUAACAAUCAAAAGUAG